AUACAAUAUAGUAUAAUGCAUAAUCUCGUUUUCUGCUUUCAUUCCAGUUUCCCUCUGCUGAACAUUCCUCUUCCGGGAACGAUUCCAACCAAAGUGAUAUUUCCCUACACUGAACAAAUUGGCCAUAAUCUACACCUGACGAAUAUCAACGCCAGUGAAUCCAGCUCAUCGGAUCUGUACAAUCCUUUCAACUUCAAUGGAAACAACUUAUUCAACAUUUACAACAUCAGUCUGGAACCGCCAUUUCCCUGGGCUCGAAUAGAUCCUUUGCUAUACGUCCAGCAGAUCAUUAUGCGUUCCAGCGUGGUCCCGUGGGAGGAUGGUCUGCAGCUGAUGGACGCCUAUCGCGGGCCGCUGUACGAAGUAUUCAAGCUGAUUGAGAUUAUUCGGAAUCACGAGGACGAAAGCAAAACAACCUUGAGUCAUCUGUGUUUGCACGUAGAGAAUGUGAAACGCGCCUCGCAACAAUUGCUAUUUCCGGAGUACAACUGUUUGCUGCUGUCGCCUGCAAACCUGUGGCAACAGAAUGUCCAAAAUUUCAACAAGGAUAGCAGUUUGCUGAAUACGGUUUUCUUGAACCAUAAUUUACAAAAAUCAAAAGUAUCCACAUCUGAAAUGCUGUUCGGGAUAACGCUUCGAGACACCGGUGUCAAGCGGUAUCCCACGCGAGUUCGCUCGCGGAUCAUCCAGUACGCCGUCACGUUAAUCCUCCGUGAGAACAAUCUCGCCUACAUCAACUCUUUGAAGGAAAAACUUACCAAGACCUACCCACUGCAUCAGCCAAUUUCCCCUGAAGCGGAAACUCCCCAGCGAACGUCGCAAAAUCCGCGGGAUCAAUCGUCCAUCAUGUACAUAUUCUAUCCGGGAGAGUUCGAUUGGAAGGAGUUCCUGCCGCAGUGCAUUGCGAUCGUGAUGCUAUUCUUGUACGUGUACUUCUCGGUGCGAAAGAUAGACGAGAUUCGAUCGAGGAUGGUGUUGGCAUUCAGCGCUGUUUUCACCGUGUUGGGCAGUUUGACCAUGUCUUUAGGAAUGUGUUUCUUCUUUGGAUUGACCAUCAGUUUGCAGUCGAAGGGUGUCUAUCCGUACUUGGUGAUACUGGUGGGAUUGGAGAACGUGUUGGUAAUUACGAAGAGCGUUCUAACGACGGAUAGCAAUCUGGACGUGAAGAUUCGCGUUGCACAGGGUCUCUCCCGAGAGGGAUGGUCCAUCACGAAGAAUUUGUUGACAGAGAUCACGAUCCUGACGGUUGGCUUGUGCACGUUCGUUCCGGUGAUCCAGGAGUUCUGCAUUUUCGCGAUAGUAGGAUUGGUGUCGGAUUUCUUCCUGCAGAUGAUGAUUUUCUCUACGGUGUUGGCGUUGGAUAUUAAGCAGGUGGAGUACAGUGCGGAGGUUCGACAGUUGCCGAAAAUGUUAUACUACAAUAGUGACGCCCGUUUGAACGCAAUGGAAGCCAAGCGAAUCGGUGGACUAAGUCGAUCGAUGUCACACCCGAAACUGUCCGGACUGGAUCAAGGUAGCGGUCACAAGAAGAACAGUCUGACUACGUCGGGUAACGGAAAAGACAAAAAAAUACCAAAACGAUUGAGGAUCGUCAACUUCUGGGCACGGACUCGAUUCUUCCAAAGGGGUUUCAUGAUUUGGAUGGUUCUGUGGAUAUCGAAUAUCAUCUACAAUUCGGGUUUGAUCGAGUUCAUGAUCGAUAAGAAUCUUUCGGCGCAACGUGCUGCCAGCGAGGCAAACAAAGUAGACAUUCCAAUGAAUGACAUGCAUGAUCUCAGAUCGGCAGACGCCGCUCACAUGAACUACAAUCAUUUCACCGAAGAAGAACUUCGCGGUGGCAACGAUCGCAUUUUGAACAUAACCGAGCAGCUGAACCGACUGAAAUAUCCGGACUAUGAAACCGUUUACCACCUGUCUAACUUUCAUUGGUCGUCCAUCCUGAAGCAGUACAAUAUAUCUCUGUCGGGAAGGUACGUAACAGUGUUGCCAUCGAUCAAGUUGUCGCACGCAGUGAAUCCUCAGGUCGCGUUGAAAUUGCGAAAUCCGGAGGAGAACACGCCCCAUCACUUCCAAUGGAAGGCACUAGCCGCCGCUUUGGACCCUCUGGAUUUGAACGACGUUGACAAUGGAGAUACUCCUAGCAUGAGUACCACGAAUGCUCCCUUCUAUCCCAAGACUCCGAUGGAGAUCCUUCUGAGUUGCAUGCUUAUCGCCGUCAGCAUUUUCGUCGUGGCCUACACACUAAUAAUGUUGUACCGAUGCAUGUGCACACGGAACUAUGCCGAAUGGCGUGCCAGUUGGAACGAGAGUGAAACCGAAGAGCCCAAGCAAGAGCAACGCAUCCUAGAGGGCGUUCCAAUUCAGGUCAAUGGCCACAAGCAUCGUAUCGAAUGCGUAGUAACGGAUGGCAAUAUGAUAGCCAGUUCGUGCCUGCAGGGUCAAGUCAAAAUCUGGGACGUAACCAAUGGGGAACUGGUGGCCGAAAUUCAUCGUGUCAGCAAUUUGGACAUGCAGUGCAAGGAGCAGCGAACCUCCCCAAAUUCAUCGGUUAUCGUACGAAGUGAACCAACCAGUGCAAACAUUACCGGAGUCCAGGAAGUCUUCCCGGAACAACCACCAGCCAGUUCCGCACCCAAGCUGAAAAAGAAACUGCAGUUCAACUUUUCCAAUCAGCAUCAACUGAUGGAGGCAGCUCUGUUCGACUUUGCCACCCAAUAUCAGCGACAUUUCACCAGUGACCCCAGUGGCGGGCAUCACCAGAAGCGGUUGAGCAAUGGAGGAUUGGAUUUAAGUGACCAUGGGUCGAAAGUGGACCUUCGGAAUCGGUUCCAAUCGAGCAACGCAGCCCAGUACUACGAGGCAGCGGUGAAUCACCCCAGAAGCAAUCGAUCUCCUCCUCCUCCUCCGGCAGCUUCCAGUUAUCAAAGGUCUCAAAGUGGCGAGGAGAAUGACACUCGGAGAGACCUGCUGGUUUCGGAGUCACCAACAACGAGUGCCAGUGGUGUCGCAGGUGCCAGUGCAACCGUUCGGAAGAAAACCUAUCAGCCGUCGCCGAUAUGGUGUUUAGACUUUUUGGAUAAUCUCAUCGUGAUUGGGUGCGCCGACGGGCGGCUGGAGUUUUGGGAGGGAACGACGGGUAAUUUUAAGUGUAUUUACGAAACAGAACAUACCCUGAACAACGGGGUAACAAACAUUAAACUAGCCGGAGAUAAAGUGAUUGCGGCGCGGUUGAGUGGUCGCAUUGACUUCCUGCGGCUGGAAACGUAUACCCAGGGUCGGCAGAUCGACUGGGGAUUUACGUCAGCGUAUCGAAGAACCCACGUUCGAACGGGUUCGGCAGGAAGUUUGGGAAUGUUGCAGAUAGGAGGUGCCCCGGCAGGGGAGGAGGAGCUCCGUUGUAUUCUGGAGUUCCACCAGCAGGGGCACCGGAUGCCGGUAACGUGCCUGGAAGUGGCAAGUGGCACCGUCAUGACCGGCAGCCAGGACCACACCGUGAAGGUAUUCCGUCUCGACAGCCACAUGUUGCAGUUCACGCUGCACGGGCACUGCGGGCCGAUAUCGUGCUUGUUCAUCGACCAAUGGCAAGCCGGUAUGGGCGCGUCCGGUUGUCAGGAUGGUUUCCUUUGCGUGUGGGAUUUGAUAAGAGGCGCCUGUGUGUACAAAAUUGAAGCCCACGACGAUUCGAUAGUGGCACUCGCGUGUUCUCCCAGUUACGUGAUUUCGCUUGGGUUGGACGAGCGGAUACGAGUUUGGGAUCGUUUCCAGGGACAACCGCUGACCAUGAUGACGGUAACGCAUGUCUACUCGUCACUGGUCAUGCUCACGCCUUCUCUCCUCGUGACGGCGAAGCCCGGCACGCUGGUCGUGUGGGACGUCCGGACGGGGGAGAUUGUCCGGGAGGUCAAAUUGGAUUGUUCCAAUUCGCAGCUCAGCCCGAAGAUUAUGCUACCCGCGUGCGGUUCGGUGAUCUGCGAUUACGGAAAUCAAAUGAGAAUUGUUCGCUUUCCACUGGUAGCGGCGGACAAGUGUGAUUAAAUCACUCCAUUAAAAAACCAAA